AUGGCAAUGGGGUUUUAGCAUCCACUUGAACCCAGUUUGCCACAUUCUACACGAAAAACUCAUGAAAAUUUAUAUUUUUAACAAAUUAUCGACAAAAAAUUUAAGCAAUUGAGAAGUACUAACAAUUAAAAUUACAAGAACCAAAAAGAAAACCAUGUCUGCUUUUUCAGUCUCGAAUUUAAUCAUUACUGAUUUUCUUUCAUCAAUAACACAAGCCUCAGCUGCUACUCCAAAACUCCCCUGUUUUUCUCUACUCCAUAAAUCUCUACCCUUUCCUCACUCUGUUUCUCACUCUCGAAGGAAAAUUUUAACCUUUGUUUCUUCAAAAUCAUCAGAAGCGGGGGAAGUGCCAACGGCCGAAGAUGAGUGGCUCAACAGACUCCCAGAUAAGAACAAGCCCCUUUACUCUCACAGCUUGCCUUGCAUUGAAGCAUGGCUUAGGAGCUUAGGGUUUUAUCAAAGCAGUGAGGACCGUGCUGUUUGGUUGAUUGAAAAACCUGAUUGGCAUGCCCAGUUAUCUCUUGAUGUCACUGAUCUAUAUAUAAGGAACAAAAUUCAUUAGCAUUUGAUUUGCAUGAGGUAGCUGGUGUUGCUUUGCUGAAACUAUAUUCUGAUAAGGGGCAAUGGGCAUUUGCUGUAUGCGUGAGAAAAACUAUAGGAAAAACAACAAUGUAGCUAGAUGAGAUUAGAAAGAUCUCCCUCCUGUCAUUUUAGUCCCUUGCUGCAGCUGUUUUUUGAGGAUUUGUCUAUAUAUAUCCUUUUUCGCUAAAUGGUUGUUGCCUAAUUUCCAUUGUGGAGCAUUCUGUUAGACUGUUGAAGGUUACGUGUUCUAUUCCUUUCUUGAAUUUAUUUGGGCUAGAUGUCAUGAGGCUUUGGAUGACUUAUUCCGUUAGAUCACAACCAUUCAAUGGAUGAUGAAGAUUUAGAUUUAAGCAUUGGACUUAUUCGAUUUUUAAGGAGCUCAAAAUCUCAUACAUAUGUUUUUGUAGUUUAAGUUCUAAUGAAUAACAUAAGAUUUGUAUAUAAAAUUCAUAAGUUUUAGGUGUUGUAGCACUAUAGACUGAAAAGGCUUCAUUAUAUGUUAAAGUGGUUUAUGUGAAAUACUAACAAUCGGAGAUGGUAAUGGCAAAAUUUUAAUUGGCUUGACCAAGUUCUGUAUGAGGUGGAAAUUAAACAGAAUGCUUUGCAGCAUAACUGAAGUUGAAUGGAUGUUCUGCAUUCAAAAGCAGUGAUCAAGGAUCGAGAUAAAGUUGGGAAGGUCUGGCCAUUUUCACUUUCUACAAGUGGUAACACGACUGGUGAUCACAACCAUUGGUGCGGGGAUGCUAUUGCUGCUCUAGCUCCCUUCUUGCAACUCCACCUGGACUUAAUGGAGCAAAAACUAUGAAUGUUAAAUCCCUAUUUGCUGUUUUUUGAUGCACAUUUUCUCAUUGAAGCAGAAUUAAUUAAGAGAGGUGCAUAGAAAGUCAGAAACAAAGAGGAAAAGGAGUUAUGCCGGAAAAUCGAUACUUAUAGUUAGAGAGAAUGAGAGAAAGCUUUAUGAUGUUAACUGAUGGAGUUCUUAGAAGAGAAUGCUUAAUUCUCUCUUGACCUUGGCUGAAAUCUGAUUUUUCUUUGUGUAUCUUGCUUCUGAGGUUGGAGCAAGCCAUAUCUCUCUCUUAGACAAACUGCUAAAAGGAAUUAUUUCUAUUUAGUGAAAUUCAUUAGGAGAUUGUUUGAGUUUUAGCUGGCCGCACUUGAUUCCUUGACGAUGUUGGUUUAAUUUAAUUUAAUGUACACCAUACAUGAGGGGGAAACUGGAUUGGGGAAUGAAGAAACGUCAGUGGAAAUUGUUAUACAUCAUACUUCUCAGCUUUUAACAAAAAUUUAUUCUAUGAUUGAACUGAGAAGAAUGUAUCAUACACUGCAGGUACUUGAAGAGUGGACCUGGGAAUCUUGAAAGAGAUGUGGAAAGGAGAUUUAGUUAUGCAUUGAGUAGAGAGGAUAUAGAAAAUGCAAUACU